CUCACAUGUACAUUUAUCAUUUAUCACUAAACAGUGGGUAUAUAGUUGGAGUUAGGCAAUAAUUAUCUCUAUAAUUACUGGUUAGGACAUAUUCGGUGUAUUUAAAGCCGAGCUAAUUUAUUUAUCAGGGACUAUUUUACUUGGUCUAACUAAAAUUAAAUCAUAGAUUUGAGAAAUUUCAUGAGAAAAAAUGCGAGAGUCGAGUAUAAUCGUAUUAUGAUAAGAGGUAACCAAAUAAAAUCGUAUAGUGUUUGGAAGUUCAAAGUCUACUUUAGUGAACAUUUUUGUAUCCUUCAUAAUGACAGCUUCUUAAAUAGAAUUUUCUAGGUUUUAUUAAAAGUGUAAACGUUUAGCGUAAAACAUCCUCACAUUCUAUAGAAAAAAUUGAAAGAACAUUUUCUCAAUAAGGAAGGAUUAUUUCAAACUAUUUUUAAAAUAGAGAAUAUCUGCUCCCCAUUUUCCAGUUAUGUAUAAGAAAUACUUUAGUAAGUUGAAAUAUCAUCCAGCAAACAAACAAAUGCAGUUAGAAAUGUAUAAUUAUUUACUCUUGUGCAACGUUGAAAUUUCAUCCUUCCGACAUUCCAGGCACACCAAUGUAGUGGAUGUUUAUUUUACAAUAUGUGAUGAUGUGCAAAUGGAACAAAGUUACUGCAAAUGUACAACUGUUUUGUUGAAUAAUAGUGCCAGAUUGUAUUACUAUAUGGAUUAUGAAAAAGCCUAUAACUGA